UAAACAAAAACAUGGGAUUCCCCUCCCCUCUCCAAUCCCAACACACUCCUCCUUCAUCUUCUUCCCCUCUCCAAUCCCAACAACAUGCCCUUGCCUUCGAACCUCUACACCACCUCCUGCUCUUCCACCUCUUUAAUUCUUCUUCUCCUUGCCGCAACCUCCUUCUUCCACUGCUGCCUCUGCGUCGACGAGCAGGGCCAGGCGCUGCUCGCGUGGAAGCAGAGGCUCACCUCCUCCACCGACCUGCUCUCGUCCUGGAACCCUUCCGACCCCAAUCCAUGCAGCUGGGUCGGAGUCACCUGCAACUCGCAAAUGGAGGUCGUCAGUCUCGUCUUCAGGUCCGUCGAUCUCCGCGGCCCCUUGCCUUCCAAUUUCCACCUUCUCACAUCGCUCAGCGCGCUGGUUCUCUCCGCCGCCAACCUCACCGGCACGAUUCCGACGCAGUUCGGGGACUACCUCGAGCUCGCCGUCCUCGACCUCAGCGGGAACCAGCUCACCGGCGAGAUCCCGGCCGAGUUGUGCAGGCUGAGCAAGCUCCGGUCGCUCGCGCUGGACUCGAACUCGCUUCGAGGUGCCAUUCCCGUCGGCGUCGGGAACCUCUCCGGGCUCCAGUACUUGACUCUCUACGAUAACUUCUUGAGCGGGGAGAUCCCUGCGAGCAUCGGGGAGUUGCUGAAGCUGGAGGUUUUCCGGGCCGGCGGGAACAAGGACCUCAAAGGCCCGCUCCCGCCGGAGAUCGGAAACUGCAGCAAUUUGGUCAUGUUGGGUCUGGCUGAAACCGGCAUAUCAGGGAAGAUUCCUUCCACAAUUGGGCUGCUGAAGAAGCUGCAGACGAUCGCUAUCUAUACUUCCUUUCUCGCCGGAUCGAUGCCGGAAGAGAUUGGCAACUGCACUGAGCUGACCGAUCUGUAUCUGUACCAGAAUUCGCUGUCAGGUCCGAUUCCUCCACAGCUCGGCAACCUCCCCGGCCUUCGGAGCUUGCUCUUGUGGCAGAACAAUUUGGCGGGCUCAAUCCCGUCGGAGCUCGGCCGGUGCACACGGUUAGCCCUCGUCGACCUGUCCAUGAACUUUCUCACCGGAGAUAUUCCUCGGAGCGUCGGGAAGUUGAUCAAUCUCCAGCAGCUUCAGCUGAGUACCAAUCAGCUCACCGGAGCGGUACCCAAGGAGAUCUCCAACUGUGCCGCGCUCGCCGACCUCCAGCUCGACGACAACGAACUCUCCGGUGAGAUCGAAGUCGACUUCUCGAGAAUGGAGAACCUCACUCUGUUUUAUGCUUGGCAGAACAGGUUGACGGGGAGCAUUCCGGCGAGUUUAGCUCAAUGCCGGAGUUUGCAAGCUGUCGAUCUGUCUCGCAACAACUUGACAGGGCCGAUUCCGAAGGAGCUGUUUGGGUUGCAGAACCUCACCAAGUUGCUUCUCCUUUCCAAUGAAUUGUCCGGAAUAGUGCCGCCGGAAAUCGGCAACUGCACAAACCUUUUGCGGCUCCGGUUGAACGGAAACAGGCUCGCCGGCUCAAUUCCACCGGAGAUUUCACAUUUGAAGAGCCUUAGAUUUCUUGACAUGAGCAACAAUAUGUUCGGAGGUCCGAUCCCAACGGCGAUAUCUGGUUGUGAUUCCCUCGAGUUCCUCGACCUCCACUCUAAUGCUCUCGCCGGAGGCCUACCGGAGUCCCUUCCGAAGACCCUACAAGUUAUAGACGUCUCCGACAACCGGCUCACUGGAGCAUUGAGCCCCAGUGUUGGGUUGUUACCGGAGCUGACGAAGCUCAAUGUGGGCAGGAAUCAACUCUCUGGUUUGAUCCCGUCGGAGCUUGGUUCGUGCAGCAAGCUACAGCUUCUCGACCUCGGCGAUAACUCAUUCUCCGGCGGGAUCCCAGACGAGCUCGGCGAGCUUUCGGCGCUUGCUAUCGCUCUUAACGUUAGUUGCAACCGUCUCUCCGGCGAGAUUCCGACUCAAUUCUCUGCGCUCGGAAAGCUUGGCUGCCUAGACAUAUCCCACAACGCUCUCUCCGGCGGCCUCGCCACUCUCGCCGCGCUCCAGAAUCUCGUCACCCUGAACGCCUCCUAUAACGAUUUCUCCGGCGAGUUGCCCGACACGCCUUUCUUCCGAAAACUCCCGCUCUCCGACCUCGAAGGCAACCGCGGACUGUCCAUCGCCGACGGCCUAACGGCGGAGGCCCGGCAGCGGGGCGGAGCCUCGAUCUCUGCUCUGAAACUCGCCAUGUCGGUCCUCCUCGGCGUAAUCGCUGUGUCGCUGCUGACAGCCGUCUAUGUGCUCGUGCGCGCGCGCAUCCCGCCCGACAGAGACGCCGCCGACGCGCUGGAGAUAACUCUCUACCAAAAGCUCGACUUCUCGGCGGAGGAAGUGGUCCGCGGCCUCACCUCAGCGAACGUGAUCGGAACGGGGAGCUCCGGCGUGGUCUACAAGGUCGGAAUCCCCAACGGCAACUCGCUAGCUGUCAAGAAGAUGUGGUCGUCGUCGGAGAUCGGAGCGUUCCGCAACGAGAUCGCCGCCCUGAGCACGAUAAGGCACCGGAACAUCGUGCGCCUGCUCGGAUGGGGGGCGAACCAGAGCACCAAGCUCUUAUUCUACGACUAUUUACCCAACGGAAGCCUGAGCGGAUUGCUUCACAGGAGCGGGAAGGCGGCGGUGGAGUGGGACUCGAGGUAUGAGAUCGCGCUCGGCCUGGCACAUGCCAUCGCCUACCUCCACCACGAUUGCGCGCCGCCAAUUUUGCACGGCGACGUCAAGGCCAUGAACGUGCUUUUGGGAUCGAGAUUCGAACCGUAUCUGGCGGACUUCGGCUUGGCCAGAGUUCUGAAUGGAAGACGCAAGUCGGACUCCAUGGCUUCUCCUCAGAUCGCCGGCUCCUACGGAUACAUCGCUCCAGAGUACGCUUCCAUGCACCGGAUAACAGAGAAGAGCGACGUCUACAGCUACGGCGUGGUGUUGCUGGAGGUUUUAACGGGAAUGCAUCCGCUGGAGGCGGCGCUGCCCGGCGGAACGCAUCUGGUUCAGUGGGUGCGCGACCACCUCAGCCGCAAGGGCGACCCGGCCGACAUGCUCGACUCGAGGCUGCGCGGCCGGCCGGACUACCAGAGUCAGGAAAUGCAGCAGGCACUCGCGAUCGCUGCCAUGUGCGUCAGUCCGCGGGCCGACGACCGGCCGACGAUGAAAGACGUGGUCGCAAUGCUGACGGAAAUCCGGCACCCGGCCACCGAUGAGCCCAAGGAACCAUCGGCACGCGUCGCCGGAGCUGCUUCUCCGGUGCAUAACUCGGAUCUGCAAGCUUCUUCGAAUUGCUAUUUUGGAAUGUCAGAUUACUCUUGCUGAAUGAUCGUCGAUAUAUCUUGUAAUUGUACAAAUCCUGCUCGAUUCCUAGAACAUGUUAAGUAGGAUUCUAAAUUCCAUGCAUGGUUUUGUCU